GACCGCCGCGCGAUACGCACGCCUAUUAAAUGUUAACCGCCGACUUUCGUGUUUUCAUCGAAUUCUGGUGGAUUCUGUUCUACUAUUUUAUAUUUUUGAAUAAGAUCGUCGAUUCGGUUAUCCGAAGUUUAUUAUCGGGCUUAGCGAACAUGUGGGAUCUGGACGUUGAAGACGAUUGAUCGAAAAUGUUCUGAUAAUAUUGUUUUAAUUUCAUAGCGUAACAUUAAUUUAUUAUUUAUUCAAUCUGUGAUAAUAGUUUUUAAGUGUUUUGUUUUUGUGAAGGAAAAUGACAGAACAGUCUGGAGUUAUAACGAUACAUCAAAUGCGUCUUCAUCGUUGUGAGGGCUGCCUAGCGGCGUGCGGCAGAGAGCGCCGCGCCGCCCUCUCUUCAACCCCUAGACCCCUCAUCAGGACUAAGCUAUUGAAACGAGCAAGACGUAAUCCGUACUCGCCUCCGCACGCAACGACAAAGGAACACUUCCCAGCCAAGAUGGCGGAGUCCGCACCGCCCACGCCGCCCGACAAUAACGCCCCACCGAUGCCCUGGUUCGGCAUGGACAUUGGGGGCACGCUGACGAAACUGGUCUAUUUCGAGCCCCGCGAGACGAACAGACGCGAACUCGACAAGGAGACCGAAGUCCUGAAGAAUAUCAGGAGAUACUUGACGAGGAACUCGGCUUACGGGAAGACCGGGAGAAGGGACGUUCAUCUGCAGAUGGAGAACGUAACGAUAAGAGGCCGCAGGGGCACGCUGCACUUCAUAAGGUUCCCGACUUCGGAGGUGGGAGCUUUCCUCCAGCUGGCCCGCUCUAAGGGCAUGGCGGAUCUGGUGAACACAAUCUACGCGACAGGGGGGGGCGCGUACAAGUUCGAGGAGGACUUCAUUAAGGAGGUGAAUAUGCGUCUCUCGAAGAUGGACGAACUAGACGCUCUGAUCGCGGGCGUUUUGUACGUGGACUCUAUGAAUCCGAGGGAGUGCUACUAUUGGGCGCCGCCAGAUGAGCAGCCCGUGCACCAGCUGCCCAGCGACACGCCUCCUUACUUGGAAGCCGCCCUCAGCCAAUACGUUCGCAAGCCCUACGACUUCUCCUGUCCCUACCCGUUCCUGUUGGUGAACAUCGGCAGCGGAGUGUCCCUGCUUGUGGUCAACGGACCGGACAACUACUACAGAGUCAGCGGGACUAGUCUCGGCGGGGGGACCUUCCUGGGGCUGUGCUGUCUGCUGACGGGCUGCAGCAGCUUCGAGGAGGCGAUAUCUCUGGCGGCGUCCGGAGACAACACCACCGUGGACAAGCUGGUGCGCGACAUAUACGGCGGGGACUACGCGCGCUUCGGCCUGCCCGGGGACCUGGUGGCCAGCAGCUUCGGGCAGAUGUGCUCCGCGGACCGAAGGGCCAAGGUGUCAAGGGAGGACCUGGCGAGGGCCACGCUGGUCACCAUCACCAACAACAUCGGCUCGAUAGCGAGGCUGUGCGCUUGCAACGAACGCGUCGAGAGGGUUGUAUUUUGCGGUAACUUCCUACGAGUGAAUCCGUUGUCGAUGAAGCUUUUGUCGUACGCGAUGUCCUACUGGUCGAGGGGAGCUUUGAAAGCACUGUUCUUGGAGCACGAGGGCUACUUUGGGGCCGUCGGUUGUCUCCUGCACCUCGACGCGGAGAACCACAAGAAACUGCGGAACCGCACGCCGCCGACGGGCGACGCCGCGCACGCAGACAGGUGAACCCGAACUGACAGCUGUCACUUGACGCACGUCAAAACCGACGUUUGACAUUUGGGUUAAUAUUAUAAUAAUUAUCGUUAUGUACUACAUAUUAUUAUUAUUUUCCAUUAAUUUUAAUGAUGGUUGUGGCGUUCGUUGUCGUCGCCGUCGGGGACGCGAGACGGUUUGGGUGUUUGAAGUGCUCUCAAAAUUUGUAAAGAUAAUGGUAGGUCUUUUUUUUUUUGGUGUUUAAAUAUAACUUUGGUAA